AUGGAGAUCCUAAACCUGCAGCUAUGGAAGUAUAUGUGCUUGGGCUUGAUCCUCAUAUUGGGAGCUUGGUCUUCUCAAGCCACUUCUCGCAGUCUGCAAGAUGCAUCAAUGUAUGGGAGAUACGAGCAAUGGUUGGCUCGUUAUGGCCGUGUAUAUAAUGACGUUGAUGAGAAGGAAACUCGUUUCAAGAUAUUCAAGGAAAAUGUGGCGUUUAUACAAUCUUCUAAUAAGGAUGCAAACAAACCUUACAAAUUAAGUGUCAAUCAAUUUGCAGACCUUACAAAUGAAGAGUUCAAAGCCUCAAGAAAUGGAUUCAAGGGCCAUGAAUGUUCCACGAAGACGACUUCUUUCAAAUAUGAAAAUGUAACUGCUGCUUUGCCAGCAACAAUGGACUGGAGAAAGAAAGGAGCUGUAACCCCCGUUAAGGACCAAGGCCAAUGUGGAUGCUGUUGGGCUUUUUCAGCAGUUGCCGCCACCGAAGGUGUUACACAGCUUACAACUGGUAAAUUGAUCUCUUUGUCUGAGCAAGAGCUCGUUGAUUGUGACACCGCUGGGGAAGACCAAGGUUGUGAGGGUGGCUUGAUGGACGAUGCGUUCCAGUUCAUCCAACAAAAUCACGGGAUUAGCACAGAAGCAAAUUACCCAUACAACGGUGUUGAUGGUACAUGUAAUACCAAGAAGGAAGCCAUCAUUGCAGCCAAGAUAACUGGCUUUGAGGAUGUGCCUGCAAAUAGUGAAAAGGCCCUUCUAACCGCUGUUGCUCAUCAACCUGUUUCGGUUGCCAUCGAUGCUAGCGGUUCCGACUUCCAAUUCUAUUCAAGUGGUGUCUUCACCGGAACUUGUGGAACGAGUCUUGACCAUGGUGUUACCGCUGUUGGGUAUGGCGUGAGUGAGGAUGGGACUAAGUAUUGGCUAGUGAAGAACUCAUGGGGUGCAGAAUGGGGCGAAGCUGGGUACAUAAGAAUGCAAAGAGAUGUUGCUGCACCUGAAGGACUUUGUGGGAUUGCUAUGUCUGCCUCUUACCCCACAGCUUAGUUAAUUAAAUCGAUGCCUACUAGCUAUAUGCCUUGUAGGUAGUCUGAUAUGUAUCUACCUGUAUGUGUAAAAUAUUUAUAAGAUAAUCAAGAUAAUUGUUGGGCA